GACCGCGAACGCGGGUUGCCCUCUGCUUCCUUCCCCUUCUUCGUGCCGGCACGGCCCAGGUGCGGCGUCACCUGCACCCGCGGGGCCGCUGCCUGCCCUCGGGCAGCUCGGAGCUGCGGCCUGCCCGUGCGGGGCCCCCCGCGCCCUGUUUCGGGCUGCUUGGUUCCUUCUUCCACACCCGGUGCUUCCGUUCCCUAUCCCCAGCAGCGCGCUGCUCCCGUGUUCUUACACCGUGGUACUUGCUUAUCCUCGGACCGGGGGCAUAUUAUUACCAUCCUGUCCUUCUUCAGCUGCUUUCCCUUGAGUGGGCCUGAAUGAAGACAAAUGUGAAGAUGGCAUGUCCAAGGAAUUUUAAAAGGUGUAGACCUCCUGACUGAGAGGUGCUGUGUAUUUUAUUCUUUUUAAUAAACUGCUGUUCUCUCACAGGUGAAAGUCAUGAUCACGCUAACAGAACUCAAAUACUUAGCAGAUGCCCAGUCAUCCUACCACAUACUAAAACCAUGGUGGGAUGUCUUCUGGUAUUACCUCACCAUGAUAAUGCUGCUAGUUGCUGUGCUUGCUGGGGCUCUCCAGCUUACUCAAACCAGAGUGCUGUGUUGUCUUCCUUGCAAGCUAGAAUUUGACAAUCAUUGUGCCGUGCCUUGGGAUUUAAUUAAAACCAACCUUAACAUGUCUGCUAGUUCUACAGCACAGAUAAUCAUCCCACUUAAAAUACAGAAUGAUCUCCAUCGGCAGCAGUAUUCCUAUAUUGAUGCAGUAUGUUAUGAGAGACAGCUUCAUUGGUUUGCCAAAUUUUUUCCAUACCUAGUGCUUCUGCAUACCUUUAUUUUUGCAGCUUGCAGUAAUUUCUGGCUUUACUAUCCUAGUACAAGUUCCAGGCUUGAGCACUUUGUAGCUAUUCUUCAGAAGUGUUUUGAUUCUCCAUGGACAACACGUGCCCUCUCAGAAACAGUUGCUGAGCAGUCUGUGAGGAAGUUGCCGAUAGCCAAAUCAAAAGCAGUGAUUUCAUCACCUGGGAGUUCAGUAGAUGUAGGUGCCAGCAGACAGUCUCUGCCAUAUACACAACCUGGCCUGGAAACAACUGGAAGAGAAAAUUCCUCAAGUGUUCUUGACAAAAAAGAAGGAGAACAAGCUAAAGCUAUAUUUGAAAAAGUGAAGAAAUUCAGAGUGCAUGUUGAAGAGAAGGAUGUCAUAUAUAGAGUGUACAUGAAACAGAUCAUAGUCAAAGUCAUUGUGUUUGUAGUAAUAAUAAUUUAUGUUCCCUAUUAUUUAUCCUUUAUUAAACUUGAACUUGAUUGCAUAGUUAAUGUACAAGCCUUUACAGGCUAUAAAAGGUACCAGUGUGUUUAUUCACUAGCAGAAAUUUUUAAAGUUUUGGCUUCAUUUUAUGUUGUUUUGGUGAUCUUCUAUGGCUUAACUUGUACAUAUAGUUUGUGGUGGAUGUUAAGAAGCUCACUUAAGCAAUAUUCUUUUGAGAAGUUGAGAGAGAAAAGUAACUACAGUGAUAUACCUGAUGUAAAGAAUGACUUCGCAUUUAUUCUCCACUUGGCAGAUCAGUAUGAUCCUCUUUAUUCCCAGCGAUUCUCAAUAUUCUUGUCUGAUUUGAGUGAAAACAAACUGAAACAGAUAAAUCUGAACAAUGAAUGGUCAGUGGAAAAACUGAAAAAUAAGCUAGUAAGAAAUUCGCAGGACAAGGUUGAACUUCACCUUUUCAUGUUAAGUGGUCUUCCAGACAGUGUCUUCGAAUUGACAGAAAUAGAAGUCCUAAGCUUGGAACUUAUUCCUGAAGCAAAACUUCCUUCAGCUGUGACCCAGCUAGUCAGUCUCAAAGAACUCAACGUUUAUCAUUCAUCAGUAACUAUGGAUUAUCCAGCAAUGAGCUUUUUAGAAGAAAAUCUGAAAACAUUGCGUCUGAAAUCUAGUGAGAUGGGAAGAAUCCCAUUUUGGGUCUUUCAUCUGAAAAACCUAAAAGAAUUGUGCUUAACAGGAUAUUUCAUGCUAGACCAUCACAACUCCAUUUACAACGAAAGCUUUCAGGGGCUGAAAAAUCUGAGAUCAAUUCACUUAAAAAACAACCUUUCUCGCAUACCUCAAGUGGUUACAGAUCUGCCUUCUUUGCAACACUUAUCUAUCAACAAUGAGGGGAAUAAACUCAUAGUGCUGAAUAAUUUGAAGAAGCUUGUGCACUUGAGAACCUUGGAAUUAAUCUGCUGUGAUCUAGAGCGCAUUCCCCAUUCCAUUUUUACCCUAAACAACUUGCAUGAAAUUGACUUAAGAGAAAAUAAUCUCAGAACAGUGGAAGAAAUCAUUAGUUUUCAACAUCUUAAGAACUUGUCUUGCUUAAAAUUGUGGCACAACAGCAUUUCGUAUGUCCCAGUGCAAAUUGGUGCAUUAUCAAACCUGGAACAAUUGUAUCUAAAUUACAAUAAUAUUAAAAAUGUUCCAUUGCAGCUGUUUCUUUGCAAAAAGUUACAAUAUUUGGAUCUUAGCUAUAAUAAGCUAACCUCCAUCCCUGAAGAAAUCGGUUAUCUGACCAAUCUACAGUACUUGGCUCUGACUAAAAACCAUAUUGAAAUGCUGCCUGAUAGACUGUUUCAGUGCAAAAAGCUGCAGUUUCUUCUUCUGGGAAAUAACAGUCUGAUGAAUUUGUCCCCUUGUGUGGGCCAGCUACUGAAUCUUGUUCACUUAGAGCUCAUUGGAAACUAUCUUGAAUCACUUCCUGCUGAACUGGAAGAAUGUCAGUUCCUAAAACGUAGUAGUCUAAUUGUGGAAGAAAGGUUGUUAAAAACACUCCCACCUCGUGUAAGAGAUCGCUUGCAGACCAGCUCAGAUAAGUGCUAAGCUUGAACUGAAGCUCUGCAUCAGUGCAUCCUGUAAGCCUUCUUGCUUAAUACUCUCUAAAGAGUUGUAUAGAUGGAGAGAGUAGCAGUUUACAGAUUAGUCUUAAAUGCAUUGAACAGAGUUGAUUGUAUUGAAAGAAAAACAUAUUUAAACUCAAACAAAAAAUAUAGCCUUUGACAGGUAAUCAUUUGUUUAGAAAAUCUGAAAUAUGAAUUGCUGGUUGGGUUCUACUGGUUGAAAUAAUGUGGUUAAAUGCUUAUGUAUUGGAAUGGAAGAGUUGAUUGCCUGGCUAUCAUGAGUUUGUAUAUACUUUCUUUCCUAUAAGGAAUUUUUUUCUGUUGGUAGUGAUAAUUUUAAACAGUUUCAACUCCUGCCAUAUGAGGCCUAAGAACUGUCUGAAAUUAGUUUCUAAAUGUGAACUCUUCACUAAUUUAGAAUGUUAAAUAAAAAAUCUGAACUUUUUGAGCAAUUCAAUUGCAUGGGAUAUACUGAAAAUCUUUUUCACACUACCUUAAUUUUUGAAGGUUUUUGACGAGUACUGAGUGUUAGUUCUAUAGUUGUGGAAGAUGCCAUUUAAAUCCUGCUAUUAAAGCCAGUUGGACAAUAAUACCUGAAACCAGUUUCAGUAUUUUGUCUUAAAGAUAGUAAGUACAAAAUAAAAUAUUGCCUAGAAAUUGGAAAGAAUCAGAACAAUCUGGAAUAAGUGUUGUGCAUGUGUACUAGUCAAAUUUUACAUACCGAUCAUAGCUAAAGUUGGCAAACAGCACAAGAUUAUAAAGUUGUCUGCUGUAUGUUGUGAGCAUCCCAAAUGUUAGUGUAAUGUAUGUUGCUAUUCAAUAUUUUUCAGUAGUCUCUCAUUUACUGACUGCCUCAAUGCCACUUCUCUGUGCCCAGUUAUGAUAUUUUGGUGGCUGGGGAGAGAAUGAAAGAGGUUUGCAUUAGGGACUGAAAGACACAGUUAGCACAAACCAAAUAAUCACAUAGUUCAUAAGUACUUGAGAAGAAAAAAUAAGAGUUAUGAGCUUUGUAUCUUCUAGGCAUGGAAUAAUUUCAUAAAUUACAGUGAUGAAAUGAGUUCAUAUGCCAUCCUUAAUGCUUCCAACACUGGAUGGAAAUAAAAUGGUUCCUGACUUUAUUCA